GGUGCUGGUGAAACCAGAGGGGGUCAUUCCCUACAGAGGGAACACUGAAGGAACACCAUGGCCUUAGCGGGAUGUCCUGACUACUUCUUACGUCACUCGAACUACCAGAUGACGAUGUGGACCUGGAGCAGCUGGUGAAUGACAUGAACUCCUCAAUGGAGAGUGUGUACUCUACGCAGGCAGACACGGCGCUGCUCCUGAACAACGGCCAUGUGCACGCGCCACACCACCACCACCAGCACCACCACAUGCACCCUGCCUACCCGGGACACAGCCAGGCCCACCGUCGUCACACCCCGCCCUUGCCCUCUUUCUCCCCCUCCAGGGAGAGGCUGCGGCAGUCUCAGCCCAUGCACAUCCAGGCCGUCAGGUGCCUGCAGGAGGAGCAGCAGCUGCGUCCAGCCUCCCUUCCGGCCAUCCCCAACCCUUUCCCUGAGCUCUGCAGCCCUGCAGGCUCCCCCAUUCUCAGCCCCAUACAGGCCUCCGACAACCAUAUAGUGAAGGUGUGGAGCGAGGAUGGAGCCGGUAAAGUGGUGGAGAUUCCAGCAGACAUGACGGCCAGAGAUGUUUGUCAGCUCCUGGUCUACAAGAGCCACUGUGUGGACGACAACGCCUGGACACUGGUGGAGCACCACCCCAUCCUGGGCCUUGAACUUUUUUCCAGAGCAGAUGGUGGCUUGGUGUCAGGAGUCUGAUGGCUCAAUCCCUCAGUCACAGCUCUUGCAGAACUUUCUGAACUCCAGCAGCUGUCCAGAGAUCCAGGGCUAUCUGUACUUGAAAGAGCCUGGACGCAAGUCCUGGAAGAAACUCUACAUGUUCCUGCGCCGCUCGGGGCUCUACUACUCAACUAAAGGAACAUCCAAGGAGCCCAGACACCUGCAACUGCUGUCAGAUCUGGAGGACAGUAACAUCUUCACCAUCAUCACAGGCAGAAAACACAACGCUCCCACAGACUACCAGUUUUGCAUCAAGCCCAGUAAAGCGAGGAGCGACUGUAAGGAGCUAAAGAUGCUGUGUGCUGAGGACGAGCAGAGCAGGACCUGCUGGAUGACAGCCUUCAGACUGCUCAAAUAUGGGAUAGUACUCUAUCAGAGCUACAACGUUCCCCAGCAGAGGAAGUCUAACCUCUCGCCUUUCUCUGCGCCUGUGCGGAGUGUAUCUGAGAAUUCCCUGGUCGCCAUGGACUUCUCUGGACGGACAGGUCGCGUCAUCGACAACCCUGUUGAGGCCCAGAGCGCCGCCCUGGAGGAGGGACAGACCUGGAGGAAACGGAGCCAGCGUAUGAAUGUCCUGGGCAGUCCCAGCCCGCUGCACCCAUCCUCUCUGAGUACAGUGAUCCACAGGACACAGGUAUGGUUUCACGGUCGAAUCAUGCGAGAGGAAGCCCACAAAAUGAUCAUACAACAAGGCCAAGUAGAUGGGUUAUUCCUGUUGCGGGACAGUCAGAGUAAUCCCAAGGCAUUCGUGCUUACCUUGUGCCACCACCAGAAGAUCAAGCACUUCCAGAUCUUACCGUGUGAGGAGGACGGUCAGGUGUUCUUCAGCCUCGACGACGGUGCCACCAAGUUCACCGACCUGAUCCACCUGGUGGAGUUUUACCAGCUCAACAGAGGAGUGCUGCCCUGCAAGCUCAAACACCCCUGCACCGCCGUGGCCUUGUGACACUCCACGCCCCCAUCACCUCCACCCCUUUUUUGCACACCUCUCACCCUGAGAUCCCUAUCCCCCUUCUGCCCCUCCCUCACCAACGCAAUGAGGUUGAGGAGCUAAAGAAAAGUUUAAGUCAAGUUUCGGGGAUGUGAACAACUGAGCAGGAGCCGGCGUGGGAGGUUUAAUGUCUCCGAUGCAUUUCUCUGCCUUACCGCUGUUAGGAUGUUUGAAUGGCAUCCGUUCACCGGACAGUUCAAGCGUUGCAGAUUGUGGACCCAGCAGUCGCCUAGCUCCUGCGAUGCUGUCAUGGAGACUCGGUUGUUUUGUCAUUGCCGUUUUGACCCUGGAGGGAGACCAUAUGUUGUGAAAACACAAGACAGCUAAGGUCUGUUCAGCAGGAGUGCUGCGGGUCUCCUCCCUCAGAGUCCCCUCACCCUUCAGCCCCCAACCUCCCUCAUCCUCCAGGCCUGAUAAGCUGUGGUGCCUGCCCCACCCUCGCCCCAUUCGCUGCCGAGGUGGGCGGGGAGCGCCACCCUCUGACUUCCUCAUCGAUCAUCAGGGAUGGACGGGAACCUCUCUGGGUCUUAUCAAACUCGAUCCAGGAGUUUUCUCAACCUGUGCAGUCCAGUCUGGAUAAGCUGACACCCUGCCCCCGGCCCCCACCCAACUACCAACACCACCCGAACAGACUUGAUGCGGCCUCUUUGCUGUGUCCUGUCCCACAGUGCCCUGGUGCGACCCUGAUCCCGCCUCUCCUCCUCCACAGAAGCUAAGAGAAAAGUUGGGAGAGAAAAGAGAAGUAGCUGAAGGCAAGAUAAGCAGAGCAGUGGCGAGGGUUUGCUGAAAGGACAGAGGAAUGUUUAUCAGGAAGGCCGUAACAAGCCUCUCUUGUAGAGUUGAUUACUUGAUGUCAUUUUAAUGCUGUUUUAUUACUGUUGAUUCAAUGCAGAACUAGUUUUGCACUCCCGGGCGGACAGAUGACAGCUGUUCUCUCUAGCUAAAUGAAGCUGCCUGCUCUCCGUUUGUCCUUCUUCUCCUCCUCCUCCAACCCCUCCCCUUCUGAAAAGCAUGCAUGUGAAUUUCCACCAGUUCUGAUUGGAUUACAGUGGCGUGGGAGCAAAGAGAGUCACGGCUGAUUAUGCAGUGCCUAUCAGACAGGUAUGGGAACAUCUUGGACCUCUGUGUGGCUUGAAGCAACAUGACCAUGCUUUGGUAAAAAAGAAUGUGCUCAUGAAGCGCCUGCAGUGUGUCAAGACCAUGAGGAAGAGAAGGAAGACUCCUGAAAAGUGUAUCCACCCCCAAGCUUGUACCAUUUCAGUCUUUUUUUCUAUUGAAAGGGUUAAAUCUGUUGGUGAAUUGCCUUUGAAUGUCAUUUUCUUUUCCUAAGUCUGUUCUGAGCUCACUGCUUGCACAUUUUAAUUCUAUUGAUUUGAUAUUGAUGGGUUGGAGCUGUCAUUUUCGGAUUCUGACCACUGUUCCCUCACUCCAGAAAAGACAAAUCAACAAAAGCACUCCCAUUGUUUUUUUCCCCCUCUUUGUUUUAAUAUGGAAUUGAACAAAUGACUUGAAAUGUGAACUCAGUCGUUGACUGUGUGUCAACACACAGUAGAAUGAGAUUCACUCGCCUUAAGUGAAAAUUGUGAGCCUUGCGUAUGAAAUCUAAGCUAUAUUUUACGAAGAUGGAAUGACAUCAGGAGUGUUAAAGACUGUUAAAUGGAUAGUUUAACACUUGAAAUACUCUUAUUCACUGUCUUGUCGAGAAUUAGAUGGAAAGAUUGAUGCCACUCUCGUGUCUGUAUGCUAAAUAUGAGGCUACAGCCAGCAGCUGCUUAGCUUAGUCUUACCAAGACUGGAAACGGGGAAACGGCCAGCAAACAAACAAAAUCCACCUACCAGCACCUCUGAAGCUCAGAAAUGAACACUUAUAUGUUGUUGAAAACAACUGUUUGUGGUUUUACAGGGGCCAUGUGCUGACUAUGUCUUUCUAAGCUACCAGCUGCGGCUGUACAGUAGCUUCAUAUUUAUGGUACAGACCACAUGGAAAUAAGUAUUGGACUUCAUUGUGUUAUCCUUAAUGUUUUUUUUAGAUAUAUGUGUCCUCUCUCUUAUUGUGUCAGAUAAACUAAAGACAUGCAAUCGAUCUUAUCUAUUUCUUGGCAAGGCAGACAAUAAGUAUGUACAUAUGUAUGUAGUAAGUAUUUCUCAAAAUGUCAAGCUAUUUCCUAAAAGUAAAAAUCCACUUGAACACGCAUCAGAAAACAGGUACUGGUGAUGCAGCGUUGCAUUCCUAGGCCCGUUUUCUUGUUGGGUGCUGUAUUUAUCUUAUUUCUGCAGGUAACUGGCUAUAAUGUAACAGCAUAUCCAGAUAUUUCCAGAAGAUGUAUUUGAGUUUGCUAGCAUCAGUGGUGAACAUAAGGUUGUGAUGUCAGUCCCUCACAAUCAAAGAGUAAGGACUUUUUUCUUCAACAGCCAUUUUGCAACAAUCAUACUUUCAUUAUUAAAGAGGUAGAGGAAGCCAUCUGCACACCAGAAGUAGCCUCACUAGACCAGAAUGCCUUGCAGCCAUCAGGUGUGUUGACAGUAAGGAGCUGUACCACUGUUCAUUGAUUCAUUAACAGAAAAUUAAUUGGCAACUUUUUCACAAUUUUCUGUCAUUUUAUAGGCCAAGUGAUUCAUCAAUUAUUCAAAGAAUCGACAAAUGUAUCUAAAUUUGGAUAGCUAGCUCAGUUUGUGGUGUGGCUAUAGGCCAAUCUUUCAAUGAAAAC